AUGAGCACACACCAGUAUCAGAGUCUUGGCGACCACGUCUCUCCCACCUUUGGCACUGUAGAUACGACUCAAGGCUUCAAAGCCCAGGCCUCUGCAAGAGCAGAGCCUCUCCAGUCCUCUGGCCUCCUACCGAGGGGUGGCCGGCAGCCCAGCCAAAGCGGGCCUCCACCCAACAUCUACCCCCGUGGACUGGGCCACUGGCCAUCCGGCCUCUCAAGAAGGCUUUCCCCAGUGUGCCGGGCGGAGGCGUGGGCCGCUCUCGGGACGCGCGGCCUAGUCCAAGAGCGCCUCAUUCAUCCACACACCACACGUUUCCCGCUGCCCUCGCCCAUCCCGGCCACCCGGCCACCCGGCCACCCGGCCCUGGCCUCACGCCGGCCUCAGGGCCACGAGCUGGGGCGCCGAAGACUCGGCGGAGGGGACACCCGCGGGCUCGCUGAGGGACUCACCGUGCUCGGGGCGGGCGAUGACACGGGGUCCCAGCGGCAGGGUAGACGGGUACUGCCGGCAGCGAGAGGAGGGGAGGAAGGAGGAGAAAGCGCAGGCCCGGCCCCUCCGCCGAGCAGCACGCACGACGGCGGUAGCGGCUGUAGCAGCAGCGGCGGCGGCGGCGGCGGCGGAACGGGCGGGCCGGGCGCCGGGCGGCACCUGCGCGCAGAUCGCGCGCCCCGCCCCGCCCCUCGCUCCUGCCCACCCGGUCCAUUGGCCCGACGAGCCGGGAGGCGGGAGCAGGGUGGGAGGAGUCGCGAGGCGCCCGAGCAGGCGGGAGGAGGAGCCGGAGCUGGAGCCCGUCUGACUGUCUCCCCAACUCAUCCUGCCCUCCCGCUCCGCUGGCCCCGGGAGCGCGCGUCUUCCGCCUUCUCAGCACGUGGAGCUCCUGGGACCCGGGUCUCUGCUUCCCUCCCGGAGCGCGCCCGGCGUUGCCGCACACGCUCAUUCGUUGGCCUGCAGCCGCACAUUUCACCCGCUGGACCUCGAAGCGCCCUCGGCCAGACCGCCCGCCCCGAGACGGGUCUCACGAGGUCUGGCGAACAGCCGUGCCAAACCUGCGGACCUCCUGGCUGCUAA